UCUCCCUGCGCUCUGAGGCCCGCCCGCGGGGCCGGCCGCCUGUCAGAGGGAGGUGGCGAUGGUGCGCCCGGUGGCGGCGGUGGCGGCGGCGGCGACGGCUUCCUUGGUCGGACGGCAGGGAGGAGAAGAUGACUGACCGACCAACUAGAUGAAUGAAUGAAUGGCGGAGCCGACCGCGCCAUGAGGAGCCUGCCGAGCCUGGGCGGCCUCGCCCUGUUGUGUUGUGCGGCCGCCGCCGCCGCUUCAGCAGCCUCGGCGGGGAAUGUCACCGGUGGCGGCGGGACGGAGGGGCAGGUGGUCGCGUCGCCCACCCCGGGGCUGCGGGACCAAGCCAGCCACCCCUUCCCUAAGGCCGCGGCUCCCACGACGCAGGCCCCGCGGAGCGGCCCCCCGCGCACCACGGUGCGCAGAGCAGGGACUGCGACCCAGUCAGCCGGCUCCCCGGAGACCACCCCUCUCCGAAUCACCGCGCGACCCCCUGCCACCACCUUCCCGGGUCUAGACCCCUCGCCCGCUACUCCUUCGGAGGAGGGCCGCCCUCCCGCCACCGAACCACCACCCUCCAGACCUGCGCCCAGCACCCUUGAGAGCACAGCUGGCCAGGCGCCGACCACCCCCAUAGUCACCACCGCUCAGGCGCCCAGCACUCCUGGGACCCCGACCACCGAGUCCCGGGACAGCAGCAUCAGCAACAGCAUCCCGCCCACCGCACCUGCCACCGAAGCCCCUGCUCCUUCUCCCCCAGAGUAUAUAUGUAACUGUUCUGAGAUUGGAAGCUUGAAUGUGAAGCUCUGCAACCAGACGUCAGGGCAGUGUGAGUGUCAUCCAGGUUAUCAGGGUCUUCACUGUGAAACCUGCAAAGAGGGCUUUUACCUGAAUCACACUGUUGGUCUCUGCCUGCCAUGUAACUGCAGUCCACAUGGAUCUCUUAGCAUCCUCUGCAACAGUUCUGGAAAUUGCCAGUGCAGAGUGGGUAUCACUGGUUCCAUGUGUGACCAAUGCCAAGAUGGAUAUUAUGGCUUUAACAUGACAGGCUGCUUGUCCUGCCAGUGCAACAAUCGGUCUAGUAGUUGUGAUGUUCUCACAGGUGCUUGUUUAAACUGCCAGGAAAAUAGCAAAGGGGAUCACUGUGAAGAAUGCAAAGAAGGAUUUUAUCAGAGUCCUGAUGCUACUAAAGAAUGCCGCCGCUGCCCUUGUUCAGCGGUGACUUCUACAGGCAAUUGCACAAUAGAAUCUGGUGAAUUGGAGCCUACAUGUGUCCAGUGUAAAGAUGGUUACACAGGACAGAACUGCAAUAAAUGUGAAAAUGGCUAUUACAAUUCUGACAGUAUCUGCACACGAUGCGAAUGUCAUGGCCAUGUGGACCCAACUACAACUCCAAAGAUUUGCAAGCCCGAGAGUGGUGAGUGCAUCAAUUGCCUCCAUAACACCACUGGGUUCUGGUGCGAGAACUGCCUAGAAGGUUAUAUUCGAGAUCUCCAGAGAAACUGCAUCAAGCAAGAAGUUAUUGUUCCAACUCCUGAAGGUUCUACCAUUUUGGUUUCCAAUGCCUCUUUGACUACAUCAGUGUCCACCCCUGUUAUAAACAGUACAUUUGCCCCCACAACCCUGCAGACUAUCUUUUCAGUAAGCUCUUCUGAAAACAGCACCUCAGCUCUCGCUGAUGUAUCAUGGACCCAGUUUAACAUCAUCAUUUUGACAGUCAUCAUCAUUGUGGUAGUGCUGCUAAUGGGAUUCGUAGGAGCUGUGUAUAUGUACAGAGAGUACCAAAACCGGAAACUCAAUGCUCCCUUUUGGACCAUCGAGCUGAAAGAAGACAAUAUCAGCUUCAGCAGCUACCAUGACAGCAUCCCCAAUGCAGAUGUGUCAGGAUUGUUGGAGGAUGAUGGCAAUGAAGUGGCUCCCAAUGGGCAGCUGACCCUGACAACACCCAUUCAUAAUUACAAAGCUUAAGGAGAUGAACUGUCCUCCUGGAUUGUCAGAACACAGUGCUCACUAAAAUGCAUCUGCCCUCCAGCCACACAUGGCCUGGGUAGAGUUUACUGAGAAAGGCAUCGUGCAAAUGAGCUGUUCAGGUACAAACUGUAGUGCGCUUAGCCUAUCUAUUGCUCUUAAUUCCCCAUGAAGAUCUGAAGCAUUCAUCAUCAUUGAGGAUGUGAAGUAAAGUAUAUUUUUGUAGCAAACCACAGGUGUGUAUGGAAAGACUGAAUCCCACACAGUAGCCCAAGUCUACCCAGCCUCUCAAAGGACUGCUGGGAAAGUGUUCAUCUCACCAGCUGUGACAGAAUGUUGAUGUGAAGGGGGAAGAAUGAUAGAAGACUUCAUCUCCAUUUUGGAAACAUAUUUUUAAAAGAGAGGCAGGGAUUAUGUUCAUGUUCAUUUUACUGUACUGAAAGCUAAAACUGAGGACAAGCUGGUUUCUAGGAUAUACCCACACUAAACGAAUUGGCUCUGUAUAGACUAAGGGCAGAAAAGUCCCAAGAGGAUCUGUAGAAGGGCUUGGCUUUCCUCCCACGAGUCUCCUUCAAGGAUGGGAUUAAAGCACAAGAUAAGCCUUUAUGGUGACGGCGGGUGCAGCACCAGAGAGCAGAAAGUUGAUGGUCCUCCUGGGGGGGGAGGUGGGUUUCCUGCCUCUAAAGAAACAAGGUGUACAUAGUUAAUGUAGCAUAUCUGCUCAACAUUGUACUUGUAUCUAUUUGUAAAAAGAUCAUGUCCUAUUUUAUCAUCUAGACUUUAUUUGUAUAGCAGUUAAUGGUGUUGUAAAAAGAAGAUAUGGAAAUUGGUUAAAAUACUGUAAAAUAGGUGGCAAUAUUGCUAGAGCUGGGACUCUGGUGAGCUUCAUUCAUUUUUAGUCCCUAUUUGGACACUGUUGAAAUUAAUAAGAGGUCAAAUGUUUCUAACCUUUCCUCUCUAAACCUAGAGUCAUAUGCUUUUUGACUUACCAUAGAUUCAAGCAAUAGAUUUGAAGUCUGUAAUUAUUAAACUGGGACACAGGCUGCAUUCUCAAGACAUUCACCUAAUUAGCCACUCUGUGUGUUUUACAUUACUCAGUGUAAACAUCCUCAGAAAAAAGACUUCUUUCCUGAAUGUAAAAGACAGUCUUCCAAAGGAUAGAAAUUUUAAAUUAAAAAAGAAAAGCCAUCGCAUUACUUGGGGCCCCUCAUUUUUAUGCCCAUGAAAUAUUAUGUGCCUCCCAUAACCUCCAAAAUAAAGGCCUCUGGCAUUUGAGCAUAACCUGUCACCCACGAAUCAUGAGGUAUGUUUGGCUUCUUCAGUGCUAGAAUUCAUCCAUCUUCUUGUCUGAGCAGAGGGUUACUCUGAUUGAAUGUGCAUUUAGUCCUUGCAUUUUGAUGCCAUUUUCCCCUGAGGCCAAGUAAUCCUGCUUUCAUCUGUUAUGCAUCAACAGGUUGUGGAUUAAGCAAGUCAAGAAAGAUGGCCCAGGCUAUGACUUGGUUAGGGAAAAACAAAACAAAGACUAGACCUAGGAAACUCAGACUUAACUUCCUCAGAGAAGUUUGUUUAUCCUCUGUAGGAGACCCCCAUCUUUUUCUCAGGGUUUGGAAAUGACUGUAGACUAGAGGAUCCGUAGGUAACCUGAGGGUGCUCUGCAUAUGUGGCUGUCUUUAUUAAAGUAAACAUUACAUCUCAUUGUACUGAAACAAUUUGUAUGUGGCUGAUUGCUCAUCUAGCAGGAGUCUAUGGGUUUAAUCCAAGAAUUACAGAGUAGAUCAGUAUUUUUAUUGUUCUUUGUCAUUUACAAAACCCCAUGUGUGUUCUUUGAUCCUCACCAUAGCCUCCUAAGGAAGUAGUCUUGUACCCAUUUUAUAAAUGAAGAAACUGAGGCACAGAGAGGCUAAAUCAUUCAGGGCUAUACAACACACAUCAUUUUUAUGCUUGGAAUUAAUUCUCACCUCUAUAGUAUAGUCAUUUGGCUAUAUGAAAACAUAAAAAUUCUACUAGCCACGGGCCCUAGAAGGCUGGAAUGAAGAUUUUGUGUGUGUGUGUGUGUGUGUGAUUUAUGUGACUUUCAGGCACAAUUCAGGGCCACAUAGCUACAGAUGACUUUGUGGAAAGAACACAUGAGGAUUUCUAUCUAAAGUGAGAAUUAAUGAUGAGAAUUAAUAAACUGCCAAUUAUAGUUCAUUAAAAUGAAUGAAUUCGUGUAAUGGGAGGUGAUUGGUUGCUUUCCCUAGCAGUUAUCCCACAGGUGUGUAUCAACUGCACAUCACACAAUUCCAAAGCAUUGUGCACAGUGAUUGCGUUCCUGAUACUCCAUCUGCUGCCAAAAAUAAAGGUAAAGAGAUAAAAACCAAACAGAUGUUUACCCAAUAAAUAAAGAAGAAAUGUUUGUAGGAGACUAAGAACCUAAUAGUCAGGAUUCCAGCUGAAUAGAAUCCUUCAAACAGAUUUUAAAAGAUAACACAGAAAUUAAACCACAAAAAUGUUUAUCAAGUAUGGAUUCUAGGUCGUGUUAAUUUUUCACAAAGUAUAGCCUUAAAUAACAUUAUUAGUGACCCCAGCACUCUGCUUGUAGUAAUAACUUUCCUCUAAAGAUCAACCAUGAAGCAAUCCUCUCUUGAACUUAGAGCAGAAAAACAUUGUAAAAUACAAUUCAGGGUUUUCAUUCUCUGGAGACAUCACCAUCCAGCCCCGGCAUCCUCUGGAAAGUCUAGUGUUUGAACAAUGUUUGUCUAAGUAUUAAUAACAUGUUCUUUCUAAAAUAUAAUACCUAUGUGAACCUUUCUGAGAAAUAAUCAUCACUUCUAUGAAUGAACUGAUGCUUACUUGCAUCUUCAUUAGCUCACCUUAGUAGGCCCUAUGCAUUUCUGAUAGGUGGAUGUUGUAGUCAGUGUCAAACAUGUCUUUGACCUCCCUAUCACUACUGCCCUCCACACUACUUCCCAGUACUCUCUUAUUUACAGUCUUUCUAAUUAUAGAAAAGGCAAAAGGAUAGUAAAAUCUCUUAUUUGAAUAUUCUGUGGACUCAGUGCAUUAUUUUUCCAAUGGAUAUUUGGAUUUUAAGAGAGGGCAACAGGGCAGACCUGGUCUAGGAGGAUAGGGUUUUUGUUUUGUUUUUUCUUAACAAGAUUAUCUAAGUCCCAAAUCAUACUGCUAUUCUCUAGUUCCAAUAUUUCCAGAACCAUUAAUCAUCAAAGCAAUACUGAUCUGCCAGUUAAUUGGACUUAUCUGAUCAUCAAGAUGUUGUGUUUUGAAAGAUGAGAGACAGAGCUUGAUUACUGAUCCUAUACUUUUUAAAUUUUUUAUGCUUGUAAACAUAAAGAUUGAUUCUAAUGACUGUCCCUGGCUUCUUAUAUUUUGAAGUACUAUGUGGAUAGGAGUUGAGUUUCUGUAUUUCUCAAGGAAAGCUCUCUGAAAAAAUAUUCAGAAUGAGUUAAAAGAACCCAAUGCAAUCAUUAGAGCAACAGAAGUCUCAUCCAGGUUUGCUUGUGCAUACAUGUACAUACACACACACACACACACACACACACACACACACACACACACACACACACACACCACAAAACAAAACAAAAACCCUUUAGUCUGUUGCUACUUUUGACAGCAAGUGCUUUAGGAGCUGAAAUGGGUUUGGUGUCUAUGUUCAGGGUUGGGGGAGGUGAUAGAAGGCUAAUUCAUCUUUCCCUUUCACUCUGAGCCAAAGACUGUACCAUGGGGAGAAGCAAGAAAAAUGGUUAUCAGUCUGAAGAAGUCAAAUAAUAUCAAAUGGCUAAAGUUAUGGAUCAUUAAAAUGUCAGUGGUUUGAAUGAUAAGUUUUCAAAGGCAUUGGGGAUCUUCCUUAUUACUUAUGCAUAUGCAGAAACCGCAGCCCUGGAGUGAGCCCAGAGCUUCAGAUUCAAGCUAACCCAAAGUUAAGUGACUUCUAGUCAACUUUUAAUGCUAGGCACAAGCACUCUGUACUCUUUAAUUUCAGCCUAACCAAUUAGGGAAUGUUUCUAAAACAUUAAACUUGUAUUUAUGUCACUAAAAUCUAACCCAAAAUUUAAAAACAUGUCUCAUAUAUGUACUGUACUAGGUUUCAUGAUGCAUUUCUAAAUUUGUUUAUGAUUUGAAUAUAUGAAAGAAUUUAUACAAGAGUGUUAUUUAAAAUUAUUAAUAAAUGUAUAUAAUUUGUACCUAUUGUA